GCUCGUCGCUAAGAGGAAACGGGGGGAACUACUUCCGGGUGAAGAGAGGACACUGGUAUCCACGUGAAUUAUCAAAGAGUGCAAAGUAAAGUGACUGGCCCUGCAAAAAGACAUUGAUAAGCUGUUCCAGCUCAGCCAAACCCUUGACAAGCCAGCGGUCUUUUGCCUUGGAGAGAGAAAGGGGGAACAUUAGGAUGAAAGAAGAGCAGAGUCAGGAGAAAUGUGUUAAGAAGGAGAAGAAAAACAAGAAAGUAAAAGCCUCUCCGCUGGAAAAUAACAACAUAACUGAUGAAGAUGGGAGCCAAGUUGUUAUGAAAAAAGAAAAGAAGGAAAAGAAAAGUAAAAAAGUUGAUAUUAUUGUUAUAGAUUCAGAAGAGGAGUCUUCGGAUGGAGGUGGUGACAAAGUAGAGAAGAAGAAAAAAAAGAAGAAUGUUGUUUCUGAAUCUCUAAAUGGUGUCAAUGGUUCUGACACCAAGAAAGAAAAUGACAAUCAAAUCAGUAAAAAGAAGAAGAAGCAGGUGGAAAAGGAAGAGUUCAGUUCAGUGAAAGAAGAAGAAGAAGAAGUAGAAAAGAAACAGAAGAAAAAGAAAGCCAAAAAUAAGUCUGAGCAGAUUAAAUCAGAAAAUGAGGAGGAGGGAGAAAAGCAUGGUGUAAAGGAUAAGAAGAAGAAAGCCAAGAAGCGAAAAAACAUUUUAGUAGUAAGUACAGAGGAGAUUGAGGAGCAAGUUAAAGGAAAGAAAAAGAAAACCAUUGAACCUGUAGAUGGUGACACAACAAAUAAAAAGUCCAAAGUGGAAAAAAAUGGAGUGAUGUUGGAAACACCAGAGGGAGAAGAGGCUAAGGUAAAAAAGAGAAAAAAGUCGGCUGAUAGUAAAGAAGAUGGAAGUGAAUUAGGAACAAUCCAAAACAAAGUUAACAACAAAAAGAGCAAAGAAGCAUCAGAAGAAAAGGUACACGAAAAAAAGAAAAAGAAAUCUGCAGAGAGUGAGAUUAUUGUCAUCGACGAAGUUGAGACGGAGCCAAAGACCAAAAAAGAAAAGCGUAGAAAAGCUUCUGUGGAGGUCAGUGAAGUAGAGGACACAGAGCCGAAGAAGAAGAAGAAGAAAAGGGGAAAGGGAGAGGGAGAGGGGGAAGAAGCAUCAGAACUCAAAUGUGAAGAAGUUCAGGAGCACUGUAGUGAACCUGCAGGAAAGAAGAGCAAAAAGAAGAAGAAGGAAGGCUCCACUGAAGAGGAAACCCCGGUGGAGAAUGUGAGUUCUUUAACUAGUGCCGAAAAGAAGAAAAAGAAGAAGAUUAAAGAAGAGUCGGAAGACCAACAUGAAUCACACAACGUCCUGGACGUGGUCUUCCUGUCCGAGAAAACAGGAAACACUGAUGAGGUCAACAUCAACCAGGAAAGAAGACAGUCUUUACAAAUGGAAGUCGACAACGCCUCCCAACCUCCAGCCAAACCAACGGGCCUCGGCCAGUGGAGCACCGCAGAGUUCAACAGCUCUGAGAAGCAGCAGAAGUUCCUCCGGUUGAUGGGCGGCUUCAAAAAGGGUUUCCAGCCGGCAUCGGACAGCAGCGGGGCGGCAAACAUGGCGCUGGGGAAGGGCGCACAGGAACAGCUGCAGCAAGGGCUUGUGGGAGAGUUUGAACGUGCACAGUCGCGUAGGAUUGACUUCAGUAACAGGGGCACAGGACUCGGGUUCACUCCAGCUUCGAACAAGAAGUUCUUCAUUGACAUCCAUUCAAGCCGAUCAGUUCGCUUUGAUGAUUGAUCCAAAUGUGUAUGUGAAUGGAUAUAAUCUUGAAAACAUGUGUGUAUGGUUGUGCAAACGUUGUAGACGUAUCACAAAAUAAUAUUAUAACAAAUUGCCAUUGUACAUAUUGAACAUCUUCCUGCCUGAUGAA